UUACCUUUUGUUUUUAUAGGAAAUAAUGAAAAAAGUGUGCCAGCAGUCUUGAUCAGAAACUGGAAUUUGAGAAGUCACUAACUAAGCUCAUGUUUUCUCCUGAUCAAGAAAAUCAUCCUUCUAAAGCACCAGUAAAAUAUGGUGAACUGAUUGUGUUAGGAUACAAUGGCUCUCUGCCAAAUGGAGAUAGAGGAAGAAGGAAAAGUAGAUUUGCUUUAUUUAAAAGAACCAAGGCAAAUGGGGUGAAACCCAGCACUGUGCAUAUUGCCUGCACCCCACAGGCAGCAAAGGCAAUAAGCAACAAGGACCAACAUAGCAUAUCAUAUACCUUAUCUCGGGCCCAGACUGUGGUGGUUGAAUAUACACAUGACAGCAACACUGACAUGUUUCAGAUUGGCCGGUCAACAGAAAGCCCAAUUGACUUUGUUGUGACAGAUACAGUUCCUGGAAGUCAGAGUAAUUCAGAUACACAGUCAGUACAGAGCACUAUAUCAAGGUUUGCUUGCAGAAUCAUAUGUGAACGGAACCCUCCUUUCACAGCAAGAAUAUAUGCUGCAGGAUUCGACUCAUCCAAAAACAUCUUUCUUGGGGAGAAGGCUGCCAAGUGGAAGACGUCAGAUGGGCAGAUGGAUGGAUUAACCACAAAUGGAGUUCUUGUUAUGCAUCCACGCAAUGGGUUUACCGAGGACUCCAAACCAGGGGUGUGGAGGGAGAUAUCUGUGUGUGGGAAUGUAUUCAGUCUGCGUGAAACCAGAUCUGCUCAACAGAGGGGAAAAAUGGUUGAGAAUGAAACCAACCAACUCCAAGAUGGCUCACUGAUUGAUCUGUGUGGAGCUACAUUGCUAUGGCGCACUGCAGAAGGCCUUUCACGUACUCCUACAGUGAAGCAUUUGGAGGCCCUAAGACAGGAAAUAAAUGCAGCCAGGCCUCAGUGUCCAGUGGGGUUUAACACAUUGGCAUUUCCUAGCAUGAAGAGGAAGGAUGUUGUCGAUGAAAAGCAGCCUUGGGUGUAUCUGAACUGUGGCCAUGUACAUGGCUAUCACAACUGGGGAAACAAAGAGGAGAGAGACGGGAAGGAUCGGGAGUGCCCCAUGUGCCGCUCUGUUGGCCCCUACGUGCCUCUGUGGCUUGGAUGCGAAGCUGGAUUUUAUGUGGAUGCAGGACCUCCAACUCACGCAUUCAGCCCAUGUGGACACGUGUGCUCAGAAAAGACAACAGCAUAUUGGUCCCAAAUUCCUCUUCCUCAUGGUACUCAUACUUUUCAUGCAGCCUGUCCAUUCUGUGCACAUCAGCUGGCUGGUGAACAAGGUUACAUCAGACUUAUUUUCCAAGGACCUCUUGACUAACACACAUGCCACCAAGAACUGCAUUAAACUUAUAAGCUAAGCUCUGAUUUUAAACCAACUGUCUCAUUCUCUGGGCUUUGACAGUUUGCAUUAAAAUGAAGAUUUUUUUUUUGUUUUGUUUUUUGUUAGAGCAGCUAAAUCCCUCUCUACAUCAGGAAAAGUCUGGAGAAAAAAAGAGAAUUUAUGGGGCAAGGGUUUUUGCCUCUUUGAUUAGUGACUACUUUUAAAGUGGGGAAAGGAGUUAUGCAGAGAGAAAUAUGAUGCCUUCAAUUUAAUGUUUUUGGAUGACAUGCCCUUGGUAACUUAAAAGUUGUUUUGUAUAACAGAGGGUAAAAUGGUCAGCUCAAUUGACAUUAGUUUACAGCUUUGAUGCAAAUGUUGUAAAAUAUAGCAACCUGUAUAUUAACUUUUUCUAUUUAUCUUUAUUAUUGAAAAUAUCCUAGAGCGUUUUAGAGUAGCAUGGUAGUAGUGUGUUACAUCCAUCGACUGGAUGUGUAGAUUAGUUCUGGGUGGGCAAGUUAAGGAAAGAAAAAAAGUAGAGAUUUUUUUUAAUUUAAAAUAAUACUGAGUUCCUAGAAUAGCUGAAAACUUUUAAAAAUAAUGCAAAUUAAAUUGUUGUUAAAGUGUGCUUAACCACAUGAAAGUUAAGAUGGACCUCUUGAAAUGUCCCUCCAUUGGAUAGGAACGUAAUAAAAGUACUGAUCACAAGAAAGCAUUUACCUAGUUCUUUGAAUAUGCAAUUUAAUCUAAAUUUAAGGAUUUUUCUCCCUUAGUAUUAGUCUCUUUAUUUAGUAUUAGUAACAUUUGUGGGGUUUUAAUUUAAACAGUAACAGAGCAGAUAGAAACCCCCUAAAAACAAGGCUCAGCCAUUUUUUCACUAUUGGAAAAACUUGCAAAUUAGCCAAAAAGGUGAGGGGUUUUUUUUUUUUUCCUUGUUCUUUUAUUUUUUUCCCCUUGAAAUUGGGUCUGACCAGUUGCAGAAUCUCUGUUGAAAACUACAAGGGCAGGUAGGAGGCCAGCUUGCUUUUACUACAUAUGCCUUUCAGCUCCAGGGAGGUGAGUGCACAUAUGCAGUUAGACCACGAGUGAUAGGAAAUAACAGCCUGGUACCUAAUGGAUGUUUUGACUACAUCCCAGGGCCAGUGACUUAUUUGGCUCAAUUGGAAGUCUUUGCUCAGGAAAAGCUCAGGUUGAGACUGAGUUGGAUUUGCAGAGCUGCGUGUGGGAAGCUUGCAUGAAGGCUAUUCACACUACGGCUGAUUCAAGUCAGUGCUUAGUCUCGCUUUCAAUAACCACCCAAAAUGCUCUCCUGUCUUUGCUCCCUCCUCCAUCUCUUACCAGCAGAGGCUGUGCACUACAUGCAGCUUGAUGCUAACCCCACCAUACUUUGUGACAAAUGUACAACCUGAUAUUUAAGGAUUGAGUUGAGCUCUGUGUUUUUGUUUCAUUUUUUAAUCGGCUAUUAAACUCUUUUUUUUUUGUUGUUGUUUUGGAAAUAUGUACUGCAUAAAUUGACAGUAGCAAAUUCCUGUACUCUGUAGCAUAGCUACCCCCCUCUCCCCUUCACACCCUUUCUAAACUUUCCCUGGUAAAAACAAAAUGACCUGUGUUGCUUAAGUCACAGAUUUUAUUUUGAUUCUCAAGAAUUGUUUCUACAUUUUAAAAAGAAAUGGUAUAUAUUGUUUGGUUCACUCAGGAAAUGCAUGUCAGGAAGUCUGUAUUAUAAGUUUAGUUAGCUGUCAUGUACAAGUAACUGCUGUUACACCCCUUUCAUAGAAAUAUAACUAAUUUUGACGUUUUUCAGAUUGUUAUAUGCAUUAAGUAAUGAGACUUAUGCAGCAAGGAUCCCCUGUAUUGUACUUGUUCUAAUCAUUUAUAUUAAGACUAUAUUAUACUGUAGUUUAAUUUUUAUUUGCAAAUUAAUUUAUUCAAACUAUGUGAGUAAACACUUUUCAAAAAUAGGA